AUGCCAGCGGCACCCAAGACAUCCCAAAAAUUGGCGGGCAAAAAGUAUGUGCUGCUCGGUGGCACCUCCGGCAUCGGCUUCGCGGUCGCAAGUGCGCUGAUCGAAGAAGGAGCAUCGGUGGUGGUAAGCAGUUCUGGCUCAGCUCGAGUGGAAGAAGCGAUUCGGAAGCUGAGUGAUGCGGAGCAGCAAUUCAAUGCCGACCCUUCUCGCGCUUCGGGCCACGCCCUGGAUCUCUUCGGCCCAGAGGUGGAGAGUAGGCUGAAUACUUUUUUCGCAAAAGUCGGACCCAUCGAUGGACUGAUCCACUCGGCUGGAGAUAGCUUGGACCCUCUGUCUUUGGAGGAAGUCACUUAUCAGUCCAUCGUGGAGAGGAGCAGCGUCAGGUACUUUUCCGUCAUCCUUGCCAUCAAGGCCGCUCUUCCUCAUCUCAAACCGCACUCGAGCAUCGUCUUUACCAGCGGCACGAAUGCUGACCAGCCGAUUCCGGGCCUCGGGGUGAGUCGAGUCCUGGCGUGGCGUGUCUUGCCGUGGCAUCCUGUCGCGGACCACGCUGUGUCGAGAUGAGAUCAUGCUAAGACGAGCACUUCAUCAUGCCUCGUCGUGCAGAUCAUGAGCGGCUUGGCUGCUGGAUUGUACGGUCUAGCCCGCGGUCUCGCACUCGACCUCUCGCCCAGACGUAUUCGCGUCAAUGCGGUUGUGCCGGGUGCAACUUUGACGGAGCUGUUCGAGCGGCUUCCAGCUGAGAUGAAGAAUUACUUGCUGGAGGAGGCGAGCAAGCAGCCUACCUGGAGAGUCGGCCAUCCUGAGGAUGUGGCUCAGACGUAUCUCUACCUGCUCAAGGAUGACAACAUUACCGGUCAAACGAUCAAGAGUGAGUGGGUGCUUGCUUGCAACUCGAGGCUGCUGCAUUGACCACCUGCGGUCACACACAAGCUGACGUUCGAGUGCCAUCCUCGCCUUGCGAAUAAAGGCGAUUCCGGAAAGGCAAUCGGUCCACGUCCUGGAGCAUAG